AUGGAAGGUGGUGCUGCUUCAGAGAAACAGAAUGCAGCAGGGGAAUCAACAACUGCAUCGUACACAUAUUGGGUGAGAGAGGUCACCCAAGAUGCUGCCCCUCUUCCAGUUCCUCGGAAGCUAACUCCUCAGGAUCUUUCCAGCCAUUCCCAGUCUACUAACCACCUCGGUUCUGCCUGGAAUAGGGAUAGCCUUUUCUUCCGUUAG